UAAAUCCCAAUAUGGAUGAUGAACAAAACCUGGUUGAAGAAAUGAAUCAACAGCUUCUGAUAACCGUCAUUGAUACCGAAAAAGUCCCGGAACUCCGACCAAUAUCAUCACGGAGCCACCAAGAAUCCGAACCAGCUAAUAUCUCACACUGGUCACUACUUUUCAAACUCUUUCUAGCCAUCACGAUCAUGGGUGCUUGUGUAGCAGGUGUGACGUUUGUCAUAUUGAUUACGCCAACUCCCCCCACAGUACACGUACAAUCAAUGCAUAUAUCGUUCGCCAACCACAAUCUCCCGGUCUGGUCCGCAACGUUCUCUAUCAAAAACCCUAACGAGAAACUCCAUGUCACGUACGAGAAUCCUUCAGUGUGGCUGGUUCACCGGGGAAAGCUCGUGUCGACCGCAAGAGCUGAUUCGUUCUGGCAGAAAGGCGGAGAGAAGAACGAGGUUAUUGUCAAGAGAAACGAAACAAAAGUUAUCGAUGAAGAGGCGGCUUGGGAAAUGGAGGAUGAAGUGGCGGUGACAGGAGGUGUGGUGGGUCUUGAUAUGGUGUUUUCUGGGAGAGUAGGGUUUUAUCCAGGAACUUCUGCUUUAUGGGGAGAACAGUACAUGUCAGCCGUUUGUGAGAAUGUAAGUGCCAAGUUGUAUAAUGUUGAUGACGAGAUCUAUGGGACAAAUAGAUCGGUUUUGUCAUUCGAUGGUCGACUAGUAUGCAGUGUACGUCUCCCUAAAUAUCCUUAG